AUGGCAGGUGCGAAAGGAAAUGCAGGCUCAUCAGCUCCAAAUAAAAAGCCACAAAAGAACUUUUUACCACAAGGGAAAUAUUUGAAACCUGAUGAAAUUGAAUAUGAAUUUGGUGGCACAUUAGGUGUCGUCGGAAUGUUGAUUGGGUUUCCCUUAUUGAUGUAUUAUAUGUGGAUUUCAGCUCAAUUCUAUAAUGGUUCAAUUGCAUUACCUGCAGAAAAUCAGUCAUGGUCUGAGUUCAUUGUCCAUUUAUAUAAUCUCUUCCUUGAAAAUGGUGUCCCAACUCGUUAUGCUUGGACAAUAUUUUCAACUUUCUGGGCUGCCCAAAUUGCUUUCUAUUACACUUUACCAGGUAUUUGGACUAAAGGUCAACCAUUGACUCAUUUGAACAACAAACAAUUACCUUAUUUUUGUAAUGCAAUGUGGACUCUUUACACUUCCACUGCUUUAAUUCUAGGACUUCAUUUUACGGGAAUUUUCAAGCUGUAUACAAUAAUUGAUAUUUUUGGUCAAAUCAUGACAUGUGCAAUCAUUUCAGGGUUCGCCUUUUCGAUUGGUUUAUACUUAUGGACUCUGUUUAUCUCCCAUGAUUACCAUCGUAUGACUGGUAACCAUCUUUAUGAUUUUUUCAUGGGUGCUCCAUUGAAUCCACGUUGGGGUAUCCUAGAUUUGAAAAUGUUUUUCGAAGUUAGAUUACCAUGGUUCACAUUAUAUUUCAUCACACUAGGUGCAUGUUUGAAACAAUAUGAAAUGUACGGUUACGUUACUCCACAAUUAGGUGUCAUCAUGUUAGCACAUUGGCUUUACGCUAAUGCAUGUGCUAAAGGGGAAGAAUUAAUUGUUCCAACUUGGGAUAUGGCUUAUGAAAAAUUCGGUUUCAUGUUGAUCUUCUGGAACAUUGCAGGUGUUCCAUACACUUACUGUCAUUGCACUUUAUACUUAAUUUACCAUGACCCAUCUGAAUAUCAAUGGUCAACUACUUACAAUAUUUCACUUUACGUAAUGUUAUUGGUUGCUUAUUAUUUCUUUGAUACAGCAAACGCUCAAAAAAAUGCCUUUAGAAAGCAAAUGUCAGGUGAUAAGACAGUUAGAAAGACUUUCCCGUUUUUACCUUACCAAAUCUUGAAAAAUCCAAAAUACAUGAAAACAUCAAACGGUUCUCUCUUAUUAAUUGAUGGUUGGUACACUUGGGUAAGAAAGAUUCACUACACUGCUGAUUGGACUCAAUCAUUAAUUUGGGCACUAGCUUGUGGCUUUAAUUCAAUUUUCCCAUGGUUUUUUCCAAUUUUUUUCAUUGUGGUCCUAUUACAUAGGGCUAACAGAGAUCAAAUUAAAUGUCAAAGGAAGUAUGGUGACGAUUGGAAGAAGUAUUGUAAGCAUUGUCCAUACAUUUUCAUUCCUUACGUCUUUUAA